AAACAAUAGAGAUUGAUCGGUUGGUUUCAGCGGUGAGUCCGAUAACUGCCUCAGUUUUGUUCUUGUUGACGGGAGAUCACAUAUCUUGCGAGUUCGCAGGGAUCUUGGAGCCUUCUCAUCCAUGUUUCUUUACAUAAGAUGACGAAUUAUUUUAAGGAUCUCAACUACGAUUCUAAACGUUCCUGGUUCGUCUGCGCAUCUUCGUUCAUAGUGCAGUUCACUAUCUUUGGGAUACACAGUUCCGUGGGGAUUUUUUUCAUCGCCUUCGACAGGGAAUUUCACCGGAGUGAAUCCGCUACAGCAUGGGUAGGCUCAUUGGCAUUUGGACUCAUGUUUUUCCUGGGACCUCUGACUACAGUGCUGUGCGAGCACUUCGGAUGCCAAGUGGUCACGUGUGUUGGAGGCCUUCUCUCAUUCACUGGUCUUCUUUCUACGUCAUUCGUAACCAGUUUCCCUUUAUUGUACUUCACUUAUGGCUUUCUAUGGGGAGCUGGGACGAGUCUUUGUUACUUCGCCUCUUUGGUCAGUUUACCAUUGCAUUUUAGAAAUUAUUUAUCACUGGCUUAUGGAAUCGCUAUCGCUGGGGCUGGCUUCGGUGUUCCGCCGACAACAUGGGCCAUCAAUCAACUUAUCGGAUAUUAUAACUGGAGGAUAACCAUGAGAAUUCUCGCCGGAAUGUCACUUUUGAUGAGCGUUUCAAGUGUGACUUACGGUGGCUUUGCAACUGUGCAAGAACAUUGUUUUGAAAUGGAGAAGAGCAACGCAUCUAGGCAUUCAAUAAGUGGGACUAUCCUAAAGCUUAAAUUACGUAUUUUGGAAUUUUUUAAAUUAAAUCCUUGGAAAAAUAAGGCCUUUGCGGUAUGGGCCGUUUCCCUAAGCUUCAUCGCGUUCGGAAACUUUAUACCAUUUGUCUUUUUGAUCAGCAUUGCAAACGAGAUUGGAAUACCGAGCUCCAAAAGCGCAUUACUCAUUGGUUACCAGGCCAUAACGAAUACAGCUGCUCGCAUCGCGUUUGGAAGGCUUGUUAAUAAUCCUCGAAUGGACAAAAUUCUAUCGGUUCAAAUAAUGGGCCUUAUGUUAGCUGUUAACGCCACACUCUUUCCUUUAGCAAAGACUUACUCUUCUUUAGUUGUAUAUGUCGUUGUCUUCGGUUGUUUUGAUGGAAGUUUAGCUGUUAUGUUUGGGAUGGGUACAUUGCAUAUUGUUGGAGAAAGACUCGCCGGGCGCGCAUUUGGAAAUCUUUGUUUCGCGGCCGCUAUUGGAAAUGUACUUGGCCCUCCUGUAGCAGGUUUUAUCUUUGAUGUCUUCGGAAAAUAUGACAUUGCGUUCUUCCUUUCUGGAGCCUUCAUGACGUUUGGGGUUUGUCUGUUGUUCCUUGUGCCUCGUUUGAUGCCGGAAAAAAUAGAAGUAUGCGAAGAAAGAGUGGUUCUUUUAAGCGACGAUGCCAAGAAACAAUCAACUAACUACAAGCAGAAGCCCAGAGCAAUUUACAGCUUUCCAAUAGAGGUUGCUUUCUUCGCACAAACUCGCUGCGAUCACGUGCUACAGCAUAGUGUUUCUAUGGGAACGUUAAGAGAGAUUGAUACGCCACCUUUGAUUAAGUCAGCAAUGUUCCGCGCAUGGUCUGCCGCUGCCCAAUUACAUUGCACUGACUCUCUGAAUGGUUCAUCGGGUUAUGAGAGUGACUUCAAUAGACAAAGCUCUUGCACUCAGUACAGUGAAGUCGUAGAUAAGUCACUGGAAAACGAACAUGGGUCUAUAACCUUGGUAACACCGGCUAUGAGUUUUGACAAUAUGGAGGUUUUUGUUCAACAAGAGAAACUUCAACAAGAGGGCUGGGUUGGAGGUGCUAUGGAUUUGUAUAGUGUUAUGUUUGAAUCCUUGUUGGAACGAGUAGAAACUAAUCCAAGAACUCCAUUUGAAGAUUAUUCAAGCGAUGAAAACGCUUCCAAGGCUGACGCAGAGAUGAAAAUAAUACCCAAUUUUUCCCAGUCAGAAUUUGGGUGCAAGUUAGAUCUUUGUCGAGAAACGAUUUUAUAAAAUUACCUUUCAAACUAUUUGAUUAGGACUUUUUUAUCAUUAUGUUAAAGGUACUUAUUAUUGGUUAAAAUGGCUGGCCAUAACAGUUGAUCGAUGAAGCGAAUUAUGUUAUUCAUUAGGACUGCUUUCCGAUCAAAUUACGUAGUUUAAAAGCUGACGUUUCGAGCGUUGGCCCUUCGUCAGAGCGAUUGUUAACAACCGCUAAGUCGGAAACGAGCCCGCUCUCCUCUCCCACAGGCAGUCUUAUCUCGAUGAAGAACAAAGAUCGGACUCGACAGAGUGUUAGGACGUACUGUCUGAGAGAGACUCAUAAAAGAUUACCAUAUUGGGAAAAAGGGUGGUUCGUCAUUAUGGACUAGCGUUUACCGUUAUCCAACAAUUUCAAAAUUAAUUUUAUGACUAGAGGGUACAUAAAAACGUUUUAAUGAUCCUAGUGAUACACAGUGUUGUACUGGGGCAACUUCUGACUCAGAAGGAAUUAUUUGUUAUCAAAAUAACAUCGAAUAUUUAUUGGUUUCUAAGAAACGUUUUCCAUUCAAGAAUUGCAAAGAAUAUCUGACUUGUCAGCCAUUUUUAGGCACUGGUAAGUCAGCACAUUUCAAUGUUUUGGUGACUCAAAGUUUCAAUACUUUGUAUUAAUUGCGAAUUUUUACGAAUUUUUAUUUUAAUAUUUAUUAAUUUUAUAUGUAUCGAGAUCGUUCCUCUGUGAAUUGUAAGUUUUUUAUUCAUUAUUUUGUUGGUUUUAUCGAUUUGAAUUCGUUCAAAAAGGACAUCUUAGGGAUGGUUGGUGGAAUCUUAGCAAAAUAACAAUGAUGUCGUUGUCUCCAAAAAGUUCCAAUUCUUAAUUUAUUAAUUAAUCGAUUUACUGAAAAUGAUUUAAGUUAUACUUAACCUUGCUGGUUUGAGGGAUAUCAUGUGGGUUUUUUCUUUAAGGAUAAUUGUCAAAAUAUUAAUGAACUUUGCCAUAAAUUAAGGGGCGUGCAUCUCAUUUUAUGUAGAGAAGUAAAAGCGUUUUUAAUCUAAAUAUGGGAGGUGGUUGAAUCCGGAACUAAAGACAAUAAAAUAACUCUACGCGAUGUGUUGAGGUUAAAUCGAUGAUGGUCGCCUGCAAAGUUUACCUUGCGCCUAAGGUGUGUAUCAAAUACAUCUCCUUGAAUAGCUAGUUCGGAAUUAAAUUAAAUAGGCAUAUGAACCUUCGCAUGGUAUUAUCUCUUUCAAGUAUGCUCAUCAGCU